AAAGGUGAUGAAAAUCUACAAAAUUCUUUGUUUUGUAUAAAUAUUCUUUAACAUGUCUUCGUAAAAUAAAUUGUAAAAAAAAUACCAAAAUGGCAAACAACGUAGAAUUCGACGAGUGGUGUGACCCGGCGAAUCCUCGCAAAAUUAAGGCUGAAGACAUCAUGGCAGCCGCAAGACGCAUCGUUGGAUCCGUCCUGAAAACUCCUUGUUCGAAGGCAAACAUGGGCGAGCGACUAGGCUUAGAAAUGUAUUUGAAACAAGAAUUCUUGCAAUAUACUGGAAGUUUCAAGGAGCGCGGUGCGCGCAACGCUCUGAUGAAUCUGACAGAUGAUCAGAAGAAAAACGGCGUGAUCGCAGCGAGUACCGGAAACCACGGGCUGGCAUUGAGCUGGCAUUCUACCAACCUCGGUAUCCCCUGCAUCAUCGUAAUGCCAAAAAACGCCGCCAUUGUCAAACGGGCUAAGUGCGAGACGUACGGUGCCAAGGUCCUCCUUCACGGAGGCAACAUUGGAGAGGCGAAACAUUUUGCUAUGGGAAUUUCUAAGGAGAAGCAUAUGAUGUAUAUUAACGGUUACGAUCACCCGAACAUAGUAGAAGGACAGGGUACUAUCGGGCUGGAGAUUAUAGAGCAAGUUCCCGAGAUAGAAGCGAUCCUCGUGCCCGUGGGCGGCGGGAGCUUGUGCGCCGGCAUCGCCACCGCUGCCAAACACCUCAAACCUGACGUUGAGAUAUAUGGUAUUUGCACUGACAAAUGUACCUCAAUGGUCGAGUCGUUAAAAAAUAACGAAAGAACUGCCGUGCCCAUAGAUUCAACUAUCGCCGACGGUCUGGGUGUACCUCUCAUCGGAGUUAAUACAUUCCACAGUUUAAAAGGUCUACUCGAUAAAAUGGUCGUAGUAAAAGAGGAUUGGGUAGCUCGAGCCAUCAUGCACAUCGUAGAGGAAGAGAGGUUCGUAGUGGAAGGAGCUGGUGCCGUGGCCAUUGCCGCUAUAAUGGCGGGCCUCUUUCCCAAUCUCAAAGGAAAAAAGGUAUGCUGCAUUUUAUCGGGAGGCAACAUCGACACGUCUAUCCUGGCGCGCGCACUGGAGCGCGGCAUGGCUGCCGAAGGUCGACUGGUCAAAAUGAAGGUGACGGUGAGCGAUCGACCGGGCGGCUUGGCGGAGCUGUGCCAGUUGAUGACAUCGAUAGGAGUCACUGUGCGAGACUGUGUGCCUGAGCGUGCUUGGGUCAAGGGAGAUGUGUUCAGCGUUACGGUGAAACUUGUAGUAGAAACAAGAGGGUGGGACCACACAAAAGAGCUUAUUGAAGCUACCAAAAAGAACUAUAAGGAAUACUACUUCCACGAAAUGAAUCAGUCGGACAAGCCAGCCGGCUCACGUCGCGGGCCCUGCCUCGCGCCGCACCCCGUUUGUAUGCAGAAGUAAUCUGAUGGAAUUUCAAAAAAAGAACGACGAUAUAGCUGAAAUUAAACUUCCCACUCAGUGGCAUAAUAAGGCCUUCCUAUUAAUUACCAAACU